GACAGCGGAAGCACCAUCCUGCCGACACAUGUUUCCCAGCGUGCAUUCAACUGAUGUGUGAGAAGAAGGCACUAAUAAUGCCUUCAGGAAAAAAGUCCAGAUCUCAAAGUGCCAGAGCUGCCAGCAAGAGCAAAAGAAAGCGCUCCUCCAAGAAGAGAUCUGUCAGUGCCAAAGCCUCAAAGACAGAUGUGGAUAUUUUGAGUCCAGCAGCCAUGGAGAACGUUUACUACAUCUCCCAUAAUGCUGUGGACUGUCUGGAGUUCAGAGGAUUCGGCUGGCCUGGAGCCACCAAGAAGAAAGGGAAAAAAGGAAAGAAAAGCAAGAAAUGAUUAUUUGUGCCAGGUUCAUCCUACAUGUUGGCUAUUUAUUAUAUAUACACAUAUAGGGUGCUAGUUUCUAUUUUUGACUAGAUUAUUUUGCUUAUACCCCAUCGGCUGAUUAUCUUGCUCGUUUUAAGGAAAAACUCGGUUUAGUUUGACGUAUUUCUGAAAACAAGACAAUAUUAAUUUGCUUGUCUAAAAAUGUUUCUUGAUUU